GGAGUGUUCUCAGUUUGAAACGACCGUCGGUCGGUAACGGACGCGUUCGAUUUUUCUCGAAUUUUUUGUUAAAAUUUGUUGAAAAGAACAAUUUUUUUUCGUAGUUUUUUCGUGUUUUUUUCGUAAACUUAUGUGUUGUGUGUGUAAGAGGUGACAUUGCGAAUGAUUUUAACUAUUUUCCCAAUGGAGUUGACAUGGAAUUACUGUUUUUGAAAGAAUUCCAGUUGAAAAACAAUGACACCAGUUGAAGAAUAACAUCAAAGAAAGACAAAUAAAGAUAAAGAUACAAACAUGGAUACUAAAGGAAAAGAUAACCCACCAAACCCAGCUUUACCAACCAGAAUACCAACUUUAAAAGAAAUCAAACAGAAUAAUGCUCAAAAAACAGCAAUGACUAUAAAUUUCCGAGACCCAUACAUACUAUACAACGAUUAUACGAAUAUAAACAAGAAAACUAGAAACGAAAAUCUAACUUAUUGCUUUAUAAGUGUCAUUAUAAGUUUCAUAUUUGGACUAGCCAUUGGCAUAGUUAUAAUGAGUGGACAAUAUACUGAAACUAUAGCAAAGCAUGCUAAAACAAAGCCGGUACAUAUAGCUGUAGUGAAAACAGUAGCUAAAGUUGAGCCAAGUAAUGAAUUCAAAGCAGUAUCAUUCACUGGCCAAGAGAAUAAAUAUAAUAAGGAUAUAUAUCCAAAAGGCCUAACAGAAGAUAUGAAAGAUAUACUAAAAGACACCAAAAGCGAUAAUAGACAUGCUAUAAUCCUAAAUAAGACUUUCACCCCAGAUAGCACUACAGUUCUAUACGAUAAUAUAUAUUGGGGACCUCAAAUUGAGGAUGCCAUGCCUCAAGGUUACGGAGAAGGUUCAGCUAAGAUAUGGGAGCAGUACAUCAAUGAUGCAGAGGUGGUUAAAAUGGAGGCAGGGUGUGGAAGGAUGCAAAACCGUCUAGUGACUUUCAAAGAUGGGCUUCAAGCUUGUGUUAGAUACAGACAAAACACAGACCAAAUUCAAGGAGAGAUAUUCAGUUUCUACGUCGGCAGGUUGCUUAAUUUGACUAAUCUUGCCCCUUCUGUAGUCAGAAUAGUUGAUUUGAAAGAUAAGCUAUGGAAGAAUGUGGCUAAUGAUAUAGGUGCUGCACAAUGGGGAUCGAAUAGAGCGGUCGUACUAACGCAAUAUAUACCAAGUUUAGAAUCAGCAUCUAUACCCGAUAUUUUUCGACCCACAACAAGACAUUUGAACAAGUAUGAUAUACUAAAAAUGUCUUUAAAAGAGAAUGAUACGGAAAGCAAACACAUCUUAAUAGAUAAACUACGAAUUAAGGACAUAAAAUCAAAAUCUGAAAUGAAGAACUUUACUUAUAUAAACGCGAAAUUAAACAAAAAGACAAUUGACAAAUUUUUGGAGUUAGCUCAGUGGUCGGAUUUGAUAAUAUUUGACUAUUUAACAGCAAAUUUGGAUAGGAUAGUGAACAACUUAUUUAAUUAUCAGUGGAAUGUGAAUAUAAUGGAUGGACCAGCUCAUAAUCUGGCUAAAAAAAUGGACAGUGGACUCUUAAUAUUCCUAGACAAUGAAUCGGGAUUGUUACACGGUUACAGACUUUUGAAAAAAUACAAUGUGUAUCAUAGUUUAAUGCUGGAUAAUUUGUGUGUGUUCAGACGAAGGACUAUAGACGCUCUGCAAAAGCUAUUUAAGUCCAAAUCUGUUGGUUCCUUAUUAAGUGAUAUGUUUCAUAAGAAGAACUCGAUAGUUAUUAGGGAUAUUUUACCUUCUUUGCCGGAGAAGAAUGCGAAAAUUUUAAUCGAAAGGAUAGGUAAGGUUUUGAGUCAGGUGGAAAAAUGUGAAGUGAAUUCUAGAUGAUUACGAUCUCUUUUUGUUAACUUGCACUUUUUUAUACAUUGUAUUUAAUUAUUGCACCCAUUAAUGGUGAUUUUCCACCAGAGAUGUGCUAUGUAGAUGUAAUAGCUAAGCUGUGAAACUAUGUGACCGUUUCCACUGAUACUAAGCUAUGUAGCUGUGUGAGGAAGAUGCGCAGUUCGAUGUAUGCGAUGUAUUGAUAGUAGGGAAGCCAUCCAUAGCACGCAUCUUUCCAUAUAAAAAACUUAGGUCAAAUAGGUGAUUUAUACAAUAUUAGGUGUUCUCAAAUUGGCAAAGCUCAGUGACUUAGAAAUAGGUUGAAACUGUUUUUUUUUAUAAACUUAAUACUAUUUUGUAUUUUGUCAUACAAAAAAAGGCUCUUUUGAGAACUAAUAUUGUUUUUAAAUGUUAAAAAUAGUGUUUGGUCUAAAUAAUAUCUAUUAAACACAUAAAAUAAUACUUAAGCUGUAUAAUAAUUUAAAAAAAGUGCAAGUAAAAGAGUGAUAUGUAUUUGAUGCCAAAUAAUAAUUAUUAUUUAUUGUAAAAACUGUACUAUUAUUUAGUAUUAUUAAUAAAUAAAUGUGCCAGUUUACUAUAAUAGUUGUGAGGUCGAUAAAAUUAUGAUUGGAUCAUCUAUCAGGUUUCACAUAAUCUCCACGCUUCGCAAAUGGGUUGGAGAUCGCAGUAUAAAAGGGUCAGGUUUAUCAGAGAGCGCUGCUGCCCGGUCUCUGUCAAAUGUGUAAUGUCUUAAUCGGGUAUACGACACCCGUGGGAAGAGUAGGAGUUGGCUUUGUUCAAACAUACACAUCAACAGCUUAUAAGUGACCACUGCUGACCAAAAGCCUCUUCUCACACGGAGAAGGUUUGAGCAAUAAUCACCACGCUUGCUCAAUGCGGGUUGGCGAUUUCAAACUUAUAAUUAGAAAUUAUAAGCCCAUGUUUCCUCACUAAGUUAAAAUAUUUUAUACUAGCGACCCGCCCCAGCUUCGCAUGGAUGCAAUGGUGAUAUAUUAUGCAUGUAUUAUACAUAUAAACCUUCCUUUUGAAUCACUCUAUCUAUUAAAAAAACUGCAUCAAAAUCCGUUGCGUAGUUUUAAAGAUUUAAACAUACAAAGGGACAUAGGGACAGAGAAAGCGACUUUGUUUUAUACUAUGUAGUAAUUUGCUGUCUGUCUGUCUGUCACAAUAUUUUCGACCUCACAAUGAAACGAAGUGAUAUUUCCUAUAUGUAGGUAGAUAAAUAAUAUGUUUUUGUAAUAUAAUACAAUUUUAUUUUUAAGUGAUAUCUAUAUUAUAAACUAUAAUUUAUUUCAUGACUAUUCUUUGUAAAAAAACAUUUACUAUGUGUCUAUUCUCCUCUAUUUGUAAAACAUUUUUUUUCUGAGAAAUUUCUGUACCAAUUAUUGUGCAGCACAUCUAGCUACCCUAUUUUGUUAUAUUUUUAUUCGAUUUUCAUCCUUAUAAUGAAGUCUAUAAAGUAUAAAUUCUUUUAAAAACUGUUUGGUGUAUCUUGAUGUGACGGUGUCUAGCUCAAAACCUCUAAAAAAAUAUUCAAUUUGUUUAUAUUAGGACAAGCUUUAAAAAAUGAACAAUUUUUGUAAAUAAACCUGUAAAAAAUGUACCUAUGUAUAAAAAAACAAAAAUAAAAAGAAAUUCAAAUUA